UUUGACGUCAUCCCAAAAGAAAAAUGGCAGACUUCGAUCAAUUUGAGGGUGCUGUUCAAGAAACGGUGGUCACUGAGGAAGACCCUGCAGCGGAAUUUUUAGCUCGAGAACAGACAGAACUGGCUGGUCUUGAUGAUGACAAUUUUGAUGUAGACUCGUCAGCCCAAGCUCAGCAAAAUAACAACUUUGAUUCAUUUGGGGACCAGUCUGGAACACAGCAAGAUUUCACCUCUGACCAGGACAUCUUUGGUGGAAGUGAUGGUGGCAUGGCGCCAGUGUGCGACAGUUCUCUCGGCGCAGAUAACUCUACUGCUGGUGGGCUGUUUGAUGGCGGUGACAACCUAACAAAUGGGCCAAGUGAUGGAUAUUCUGCUAUUUCUCAAAUGGAUGAAAUACGAGCGGAACCCGAGAAAAUAAAGAAAUGGAGAGAGGAGCAGAAAGACAGACUGGAGAAGAAAGAUGUGGAGGAGGAGGAGAAGCAGGAGAAGUGGCUGGCGGCGGCACGGAAGGAACUCGAGGACUGGUACAAGCACCACGCCGAGCAGCUUGAGAAAACCAAGGAAAACAACAGAGCGGCCGAGGAUGCGUUUGUGAAGGAGCGCGAUGAGUCGAUCCCAGGCCAGCAGUGGGAGAAAAUCUGUCGCCUGUGUGAGUUCAACCCGAAAAACAUGAAAUCUUCGAAAGACGUGUCGCGCAUGAGAUCACUGCUACUACAGCUGAAACAAACCCCACUCGUUCGAUAGUCACCUCGUGUACGUGGACGGCGGUUCAAAACUCAGUGAUCAGUCAAUGACUGAACUCAGUCAGUAAUGAUAAGAAAUGUAAACAUGUAUUCAUCUCUUCCUACAAACUGACAGCAUGUCCAAAUGUAUGCUUCAACCCCAUUUCAGUUCACUAUUUGUAUAUUUAUUGCAAUGUAAAAUUGUAAUUUAAGGUUUAUCUAAGUCUUGUCAUGAUUCGUUUCCAACCUGUACAUUGAAAAGUCAAGUGAAACCGUAUCUAGUUGUAGGGGAUUGUAUUUAUUUUUUGAGACUUGAAUUACAAUACAUUGUGUUGUCAUGCUUUGUUGUAUGUAUAUUACUGUUCAUGCAUGGAACCAAGACUCCUUGGAAUCAAGUUAUUAAUUUGAUAAUUAGCAUGAAAAUAAUCAUCUGUAAAAUUUCUUAAUAGAUCACUACUGUUACAUUAACUGGUGUGAAUUAUCUCCCUUUAGUUUGAACGUUUUGUACACCCCACCAGAAUGUUUAUUAUCAUACCGUUUUGUUGGUUGUGUGAAUGUUUGGUGUUGGAAGAAAAUCUUGCAAGAAUUGAUGGUAGACUGACAGAUUGUCUUUGUAAAAUUUGUAGUUGCUCUUAAUCAAGAAAGGUUACUUUGCCAAUUUUCAUCCAUGUUAUAUACAUCAUUAUAUGUAACUAUUGUCUUUGAUGUUUCUUCCUUUAUCAGGGUGCAUAUGUAUGUAAUAUGUUAGCCUUAGUCUGUUUCUGAUCUACUACAUACUCAUAUAAUAAUAAACUUGUGUACAGCUAAUGUUUUGAACAGUUCACAGACCAUACUACCAUUUCGUAAUGAACGAUGAUGAACACCGUGUCCAACUGAGUUUUAUAACUGAGAUAAUCACCUUAAUUUACAACAGACAGCAGCACAAGCAGUACCUAAAGUUUGACUAAUUAAAAAGUUGACUUGUCUUAAAAUGUUUACCACAGUGAUUGUGUUUUUUGUUUUUUUAAUUUUACUGUUAUCCACAGAUUAUUGUGACCAUUUCUUGAUGGAUUGAUCUUUACAAAUGUACUUUGCUAAUUUGAUUUCCAGUGUACCUACAGAACUGUACUGAAUCACUGAUUUUUGAACCGUGGACAGUGCCAUGCGAUUUAAUUGUAUUGUCCCUCAUACAGAUCAAAUUAGAGUUUGUGUAAUUUGUUUCAUUUUGUAUAUAUGCAUGUUAGUGACAUGUUGUUUUGUGCAACUGGGGACAUUGCCAUAGAUAAUGAUAAAAUGAAGAGAUUCUAGCAAACCUUUUCAUUUACCACUAUAAAUACUUGUUUGAUAAUCUAACAGUCAUAAAAAUUACAAAGUUGUGAUAUAUUUCUGAAGUAAAAAAAAUAAUGUAAUCCUGGGAAAGUGUUGUUUUUUGAAGUUGCAGGGUUAUUGUUUUUUUUAAUCAUGAUAGGUCUUUUCAGUAGAAAAUGUGGAAUUGAAUAGAGCUAAAAAAAAAACCAAAACCUUUAUUACAGCCUCCACUGAGAGAUAAUAAUUUAAACUAUUUAAAAAUAUCACUGCUCUGUCAAAAUUUAUCACAGCCUCCACAGUGCAGUGACAUUUUUUAAAUUUAAAAUUAUUUAGUUUCAGUUUUGAGGGGAAAAGUGGAAAUUUGUAAUUGCCAUGUGGGGGUAGACCAUUCCAAUAAGAGUUUAAUUAUAUUACUGGUACUUUUAAAAAAAAAACACAGUCGUAAUUUUUUAAAAAGAAGUAAUUUUCAAUUUUUGGCUGCAAGUCCUCUGUUGCUGAUAUCAGAGUUAUCUCCCUUGUGUAUGGGAUGCUGAUCUCUUUAUUGAUUGGUCAUUUCUAUGGUUGCACAGAUAGUUGAUGUCAUAGUGAAUGUCCGUGAUAUUACACUUAUUGACAUAAUACAUAUUUACAUAUACAUGUAGAGAUGAGUCAUUUGAUGUCACAGAAGCAAGUGGUCAUUGAUAGAAAUAUGAUAGCUAAAAUAGCUUCAGGUUGUUCAUACACACACACACAUGCAUACAAAUUGUGAAGUGAAGGAGGGCUAAUAACUCACUAGUAACCGAUUCCCCCGGAAUUUAUUAUCUUUUUGAGACCCAAAUUUACACAUUUCUAAGGGACCCAAACACCAAACACCUUCAUUGUAUCACUGCAUGCAUGGUCUAUACUUAAUUGUCAUAACACUGGUUAUUCUAAUAAUAAUUUUCUGUAAUUAAAAUGAUUUUGCAAACAGAAAACAAUUAGAUAUAUAGUGAUAUUAUUGUGUGUGAAAAACGAAAGAGCCACUUUUUGGAAUACGUUAACAAACACACAGAUAUGGAAAUUUUAAUGGGAUGUAUUUAAUAUACAAAACAAAUAUACAGUUGCUAUUUCAUGUUUUAUAAGAGCGUUCGUUCCAAACUUUAAAAAGUGUGCAUAUGUGAUUCUCAUUCAUUUAGAUCACAUUUUUUGUUGUUAACUAGAGCGAUAAUAAUUUGAGUCGGUGAUUAUAAUUUUGAGUUGAGAGUGUCGUGCAUUCCACGGUCAUUAUUUCAUGUAAAAUAAAUGUAAAACUGUUA